AACAAACAGAUAAUGGUGACAGCAAAAACAAUAAUGAAAAAGAAAAAGAAACUGAAGAAAGAAAUCAACCAAAACAAAAUGAAAAAAAAUUAACAAAAAUAACAAAAAAAACUUACCUCAAGACCAACAUCAAGAACAGUUCACCAAUGAUUGGAGAUGAAAUGAAGAAAGCAAUAGAAGAAAUGAAAAUAAAAACAAAAAAGAGGGAAAACAAAAACAAAAAAAGAAGAGAAAAUGAAGAAAACCUGCCUCAGAAUCAAGAUCGUUGUCACGAUCAUAUAUUUCGGGCUCUUUUUGAUAUUAUUAUCAAUCGUAACUUCAACCAAUCAUCU